AUGAUUCGAGAGCUGGAGAGCCAAGGGGUGGUCAGCAAAACCCACUCGCCCUUCAACAGCCCCAUCUGGCCUGUGCGUAAAUCUGAAGGAGGAUGGAGACUGACGGUGGACUACUGUGCAUUGAAUGAAGUGACUCCACCACUGAACACUGCCGUGCCAGACAUGUUAGAGCUGCAGUACGAGCUUGAGCCCAAGGCAGUGAAGUGUCAGAUCGUGAGCCCUCUUUACCUGGUAACCUGCAAGAAGAAUGACUUCCACUGGGGCCCUGAGCAGCAACAAGCUUUUGAUCAGAUUAAGCAGGAGAACGCUCAUGUGAACAUCAAGUCAGAGCCCCAAGCAGAGCUGCCCGAAGCUCAGAGUGCCAUCAUGGCAGUGGAGAGGAGGAAGAAGGAAGACAUGAGAAGAAUUCAAGAGGAGAUUCAUCUCCAUCAGCACAGGGGCAAUCAACAAAAACAUACCAUCAAGGAAGAUGUGCAGGCGGAGCUGCAGGAAUCUGAGGAUAGGAACAAGGAAAGGGUGAGGAGGCUGGAGGAAGAAAUGAAAAUCAUCAGAGAGAAACUUAACCGCCUCCCUUGGGCUCUACAAAAGCAAGUGACAAAAGUAACAGCCAUCUCUCCCAUGGCUCCCUCUGCUCCUGGAGAAGACGCCAAAAAGGAGCAAAAUGAGCAGGAUAACCACAUGCGCCCAGCCGUGGUCACAGCCCAGCCUGAUCAUCCCAAGAGAGUGACGAAAGGAACAGCCGUCUCUCCCAUGGCUCCCUCUGCUCCCGGAGAAGAAGGCAAAGAGAAGCAAAGGGAGCGAGAGAAGCAGAAGCAGCCCUCUGUUUUGACAGCCCAGGCUGCUCCUUGCAAGAGAGUCCUUGUAGAGAAAGAGCAGGACGAGGCUUCUUUAUCAGAGAUGCCAUGCCAGGCUCAGGGAGAGCUGUUCCCAGCCCGAGAGCAGGAAGAGCAGCUCAGGCAGCAGGUGGAAGAGCCACAGCAGAAUGGCCAGAACAUGAAGUCAGAGCCCCAAGCAGAGCUGCCCGAAGCUCAGAGUGCCAUCAUGGUAUUGAAGAGGAGGAACAAAGAUGAGAUCAGAAGAAUUCAAGAGGAGAUUCAUCUCCACCAGCACAGGAGCGAUCAACAAAACCAGUAA